GAUCUCUAAAACUUCGUUCCGACGUCUACGUAAAAAAGAGCAUUCUGUUCACUUCUUGUUUGGCCAAGCUCUGUAGCUGACACAACAGUGCUUAAAAUUUUAGAACUCACGAACUCGGUCUGUGCAAAGACAAGCGUGCGUCUCCUGUUUCAACCGGUCUAGUGUGGUAAUGGAUCAUGGGUUAUCAUCCAACGGAUAUUCUCCUGUACCACGCAUGGAUAAUCCUUUGAGUACACGUGUAAUUGCUGCAGCAUCUCAGAGUUCACCAAACAAUUCAGAUAAAAAUAGUCCAAACAGAGGUAGUCUUCAUGUAGGAUUUUCUGAAGAAAAGGGAGAAGUAAAAGAAAAAAGGGAACGUUUCCUAACUGCCAAAUAUGGAGCACAUCAGAUGGCUCUCAUAAGAAAACGAUUGGCAGUGGAAAUGUGGAUUUAUGAGCAAUUGAAUGAACUGCAUGGGUGCACUGAUGACUCUCAAAGCCACGAUGUCGAUCUUGAUUUAGACGAUUUGCUUGAUAUGGAAGAUGACAGUGAACGUCGCACGUACUUGCAGAAGCUAUUGUCCAACGCCAAAAGCCCACCCGAAGCUGUCGAUACAUUUGUCAGCGAGUUGCUGAACCGGACUAAAGUUUUGUGACGACGAGGAAGGAAAAAAACGCCCCAUUGUGGUGAAAAUUAAAAAUAAUAAUAAUAAAAAAAUAGCAACGACCAACGAAAUGACA